CUCCAUGGGGCCGGCCCGCGGCGGCCGCGCGCUCUGAGAUCUUUUCCACCGCUGCCCCCGCGUGCACCUGUGUCCACAGCAGGGCUUGGAAGGCCUGGACGAUUGCCGUUGUGAAGAGCUGGCAAUAAUAUAAAUUCCAUCUCUUAGUUUUCCAUAGGAACGUCCAGAAACCAUGAACAGCUUUAGCAAUGAAGAGUUUGACUGCCAUUUCCUCGAUGAAGGCUUUACUGCCAAGGACAUUCUGGACCAAAAAAUUAAUGAAGUUUCUUCUUCUGAUGACAAGGACGCCUUCUAUGUUGCCGACUUGGGAGACAUUCUGAACAAACAUCUGAGAUGGUUAAAAACUCUUCCUCGGGUCACCCCUUUCUAUGCCGUCAAGUGCAAUGACAGCAGAACUGUAGUGAAAACCCUCGCUGCCACCGGGGCCGGAUUUGACUGUGCCAGCAAGACUGAAAUACAGUUGGUGCAGGGUCUCGGGGUGCCUCCAGAGAGGAUUAUCUAUGCAAAUCCUUGUAAACAAGUGUCUCAGAUUAAGUAUGCGGCGAAUAACGGAGUCCAGAUGAUGACCUUUGACAGUGAGGUGGAACUGAUGAAAGUGGCCAGGGCACAUCCAAAGGCAAAGUUGGUCUUGCGGAUUGCCACGGAUGAUUCCAAAGCUAUCUGUCGCCUCAGUGUUAAAUUUGGUGCCACACUUAAAACCAGCAGGCUGCUUCUGGAACGGGCGAAGGAGCUAAAUAUUGACGUCAUUGGUGUCAGCUUCCAUGUGGGAAGCGGCUGCACGGAUCCUGAGACCUUCGUGCAGGCCAUCUCAGAUGCCCGCUGUGUCUUUGACAUGGGGGCUGAGGUUGGCUUCAACAUGUGUCUGCUUGACAUUGGGGGCGGCUUUCCUGGAUCUGAGGAUGUAAAGCUUAAAUUUGAAGAGAUCACCGGUGUCAUCAACCCAGCCCUGGACAAGUAUUUUCCGGCAGACUCUGGAGUGCGGAUCAUCGCAGAGCCAGGCAGAUACUAUGUUGCAUCUGCUUUCACGCUGGCUGUUAACAUUAUUGCCAAAAAACUUGUGUUGAAGGAGCAGACAGGCUCUGAUGAUGAAGAUGAGUCAAGUGAACAGACCUUUAUGUAUUAUGUGAAUGAUGGCGUCUACGGAUCGUUUAAUUGCAUCCUUUAUGAUCAUGCGCACGUGAAGCCCCUCCUGCAGAAGAGACCCAAACCAGACGAGAAGUACUACUCCUCCAGCAUAUGGGGCCCGACCUGUGACGGCCUCGACCGCAUCGUGGAGCGCUGUGAGCUGCCGGAAAUGCACGUGGGUGAUUGGAUGCUCUUUGAAAACAUGGGUGCGUACACCGUGGCUGCAGCUUCCACGUUCAACGGCUUCCAGAGGCCCACGAUCUACUAUGUGAUGUCAGCGCCAAAGUGGCAACUGAUGCAGCCGACCCCGAACCACGGCCUCCCCCCCGGAGGCGGAGGAGCAGGACCCGAGCAGCUCGGUGCGGGUGUCCUGCGCCCAGGAGAGCGGGAUAAAGCAGCCCCCGGCAGCCUGCGCGUCCGCUCGUAUUAACGUGUAGGCAUGCUCUGUAGCGCUUACCUGCGAGUUUAGCUGGAAUUAAGGGAUUCGGGGGACCAUUUAACUUAACGACUGCUAGUUUUGAAAUGUCUUUGUAAGUAGGGUUGGCACAGAUGCAACAAUAUGGAAGACUAGGAGAUGGGGUCACGCUUAUCUGUGUUCCUAUGGAAACUAUUUGAAUAUUUGUUUUAUAUGGAUUUUUAUUCACUUCACACAUGCUACUAAGAAUGCCCCUCAGCUGCUGAGCAAGCGUUUGUAGCUUGCGCAUUGGCAGAAUGGGCCAAAUGCCAAGUGUUGUGACCCGUUUUAAAAAUAAAGUAUCUUGAAAUAAAAAAAAAAAAAAAA